AUGGAACAUCUGUCCAGUCUACUUACAUUGCCGCUCAGAUUCCUGAUAACAAUUAUUGCCAUCAGCCUGCUGCUCAAGAUGGGAAUCGAUCACUUGCCCAAUGGGGCAACAUUCGACCAGUUUGCAUUUGGCGCUGUUGACCCCCGCACAUAUAUCAGUAACAUGCCACGAGAUGUAAUCACCAACGCCGUUAUCGCCAACACGCCACAACUAUUUCUCUCCUUUCUAUACUUUUCUUACAAUGCCCUCUUCACCGCUAUGUUGAUGGGCUACGAAUGGUUGUCUUAUUCACGCAAGCGUAAAGGCCUUCGCGUGAGUCGUCAACCUUCCGGUGCUCAGCGGUCUACGUACUUCCUUCAAUUACCUUAUCGAUUCGGUAUACCCCUUAUGGUGCUUAGUGGUACGCUACACUGGUUGGUUUCGCAAAGUAUCUUCCUGGUCGCCAUCGACUUCUACGAUACAUUUGGAAACCCAGGAUCAGCUUGGUCGUGCGGACUCGGUUAUAAAACACUGGGCUAUUCGCCACCAGCCAUGGCUUCUGUGAUAGUGCUGGCUGGAAUUAUGGUCAUUAGCAUAAUUGCUUUUGGGUACAUACCAUAUAAGCGUGGUAUGCCGCUUGCAGGGACCUGCAGUAUGGCCAUCAGCGCAGCCUGUCAUCCGGCAGUACGAGUUGAAGAUGGUAACAGUAUUGCCGAGCAAAAGUUAAAAUGGGGCGUAGUCAGUACUGGUGUUGAUGGGUUGGGGCAUUGCGCCUUCUCAGCAGGAAACGUGGGAGCGAUAGUGAAAGGUAGACUAUACGGCGGGAUCUCUACAUAG